CAGUGUUUCAGUUAUAUCCACUAAUACAUCAAUGGAAACUUCCCCUGGUAUGCCUUUAACAACUGUCUCAGGUGGCAUGUCUACACCACCAAUUACAAAAUCAACAAGUUUUAUUUCUUCCACUAAUACCAGCACUUCAACAACCCCAUCCAAAACAUCUCCAACAUUCACAACAUCAAAAACAGGGACCUUUACUUCUAGCCCUGAAUGUAAUUGUCAUUGGUCAGAUUGGAAUGACUUUGGUGGCCUAACAACAGGUCCUGAUGGUGGUGAAAUAGUACCCAUUGAAACAAUAACUAAGACUUUUCAUGUAUGCUCAACACCAAAGGAACUACAAUGUCGUGCAAAACGCUAUCCUGGAGUUCCUGUUUCACAGCUAGGUCAGGUUAUAAAGUGUAAUACAAUAGAUGGACUAGUUUGCUUAAACAGACACCAAGGACUUACACAGCAAUGCUAUGAUUAUGAGGUUCGAUUAUUCUGUUGUGAUGAAAACUGUGGCAACAUUACAACACAGACCUCAAGUACUGAUCCAGCAACAAUGUCAACAAGUACAAAAGAAACAGUUCAAAGUUCAGCCUCUGGUCCAAGCAACCCAACGACUACACAAGCAAUUUCCAGAGCUACACCUUUACCUGCGUUUUCUACAGUCAUGUCUACACCAUUGACUGAAACAACAUCAGUUCAGAAUUACUCCAGCUUUACAAGCAUAUCUACAACUACAACAACAGAAAGGAUUUCAACACCAUCAACAAUUGAUUCACCAUCCUCAACAAUGAAAACAAGCACCCUUAUUUCUACAUCUGGAUGCAAUUGUCAUUGGUCAGAUUGGAGUGAUCAUGGUGGCUCAACAACAGGUCCUGAUGGUGGUGAAGUAAUUUCUAUUGAAACAAUAAUUGAAUCCAGUUCAAGCACAUGCUCAGCAAUUAAAGAAAUACAGUGUCGUGCAAAACGUUACCCUGGAGUUCCCCUUUCACAGCUCGGCCAGGAUGUGAAGUGCAAUACAAUAGAUGGACUAGUUUGCUUGAAUAAACACCAAGGACUUACACAGCAAUGCUAUGACUAUGACAUUAGGGUAUUGUGUUGUGAUGAAAACUGCGACAACAUAACUACACAGACUUUUAGUACAGCUCCAACAACAUUAUCAUCAACAAGCUUCAAUUUACCAUCAAGUCCAACAUCAACAGUUCAAAUAUCCUCCAGUGUUUCAGUCAUAUCCACCGAUACAUCCAUAAAAACUCCUACUAGUAUGCCUUUAACAACUGUCUCAGGUGACAAGUCUUCACCACCAACUACUACAUUUACAAGUCAUAUUUCUUCCACUAAUACCAGCACUUCAACAACCCCAUCCAAAACAUCUCCAACAUUCACAACAUUGAAAACAGGGACCUUUACUUCUAGCCCUGAAUGUAAUUGUCAUUGGUCAGAUUGGAAUGACUUUGGUGGCUUAACAACAGGUCCUGAUGGUGGUGAAAUAGUACCCAUUGAAAGGAUAACUGAGACUUUUUAUUUAUGCUCAACACCAAAGGAAGUACAAUGUCGUGCCAAACGCUAUCCUGGAGUUCCUCUUGCACAGCUAGGUCAGGUUAUAAAGUGUAAUACAAUAGAUGGACUAGUUUGCUUGAACAGACACCAAGGACUUACACAGCAAUGCUAUGAUUAUGAGAUUCGAUUAUUCUGUUGUGAUGAAAACUGCGACAACAUUACAACACAGACCUCAAGUACUGAUCCAGCAACAAUGUCAACAAGUACAAAACAAACAGUCCAAAGUUCAGCCUCUGGUCCAAGCAACCCAACGACUACACAAGCAAUGCCCACAGCUACAGCUUUACCUGCAUUGUCUACAGGCGUGACUACAACACUGACUGAAACAACAUCAGUCCAGAAUUACUCCAACUUUACAAGCAUAUCUACAACUCCAACAACAAAUACUUUUUCAAGCCCAUCAAAAAUUCAUUCGACACCCACAACAAUGAAAACAAGCACCCUUAUUUCCACAUCUGGAUUCUUCACCACCAACUACUACAUUAACAAGUCAUAUUUCUUCCACUUAUACCAGCACUUCAACAACCCCAUCCAAAACAUCUCCAACAUUCACAACAUCGAAAACAGGGACCUUUACUUCUAUUCCUGA